AUGACAGCUGACCGAACCAAGAGAUCGACCACUACACGUCGGGCUUACAAUUGCCCAAUGUGUUCCAAAGCAUUUUAUCGCCUAGAGCACCAGACACGCCAUAUCCGCACUCACACUGGAGAGAAACCUCAUUCAUGUACAUUUAAUGGCUGCGAGAAGCGCUUCUCUCGUCUGGACGAACUUACCAGGCACACCAGAAUCCAUACCUCGCCAAACAAGCGUAGAGAACGCAAGGCAACC